UAUACACUGUUAAUCUUUCGGCUUCCAAAUCGAAGUGAACAACUUCAGUUUUAGUGAUGAUGUAUGCCGAGGUGAAUUUAAUAUAAUUCACCUUGAUGUGUGCAUUGCGGCCAAGAUAAAUCAACACAAAAACAAAUAUGUACGCUAUUUUCCAAAACCUUUGUCACCAUGUUGAAUUCAAAAAAAGUUAUAUUUAAAUCGUUUGGUAACAAAAAACCAGUAAGAAUUUCCUAUGGCCUUGUUAAGACGGAUUUUGGAGAUAUUGUGCUAGGAUUUCUGAAAGACUCGAAUGACGCAGUUUGCUAUUUACAUUUUGCGGAAAGUUCCUCUGAUUGUACAGGCAAAGAAAAUAAGGCAAGUAAUUAUGAGGCACCACUUCAAAAACGUUGGCCGGACGCUUUGCUCUCGGAGGACUUGACUCAAGCGCAAAUGAUAGCCCAUAAAAUAUUCAGUGAUGAAGAGAGUACUAUACAUGUUUUAGUAGCUGGUACACCAUUUCAAGAAGCUGUAUGGGAAGAAUUAUUAAAAAUACCUUCUGGUCAGACUUGUACAUAUGGGGAUAUCGCUAAGCGGAUUGGGAAACCGAAAGCUGUGCGUGCAGUGGGAACAGCAGUGGGUAGUAAUGAAGUGUCGAUAGUCAUACCUUGUCAUCGCGUAAUUUCAAAAAAUGGUGAUAUUAAGUACGGAGGUGGCAAAGCACGCAAAAUUAGUUUACUGAAAUAUGAAUGUAAAAAAUAAUUUUGAAUGUUGUAAGCAAAUAUGUAUAAACAUAAUUAAAAUAGAUUGUACAAGAAUUUUAUAAAAUAAAAUGUUGGGAAACAAUAAGCAUUUG